AUGAUUCCAGGGGUCCCCUGGAUUGCGUCGGCCGUCGAGAGCUGUCUGUCCUUCUAUCUGGGCUUGGCCGAGCAGACCCUGGUCCAGGUGUCGGACGAUGGCUGUAGCCUUCAGUUCACCCCCCAGGGCCUCCCACACCCCACCCUCGCGGUUAUUGAUCAAUGGGGACCCAGCCGGGCAACAUUGAUGGAUGCACAGAAUCAGAUUGAUGCCACCUUCUCGCAAGCUGCCGUCGACCUCGCCCUGCCCGACGUCCCCAUCCGGCAGAUGCAGGACGCUACAAAACACCUCAUAGAAUUGUCGGACUUCACUAUUGUCUUUGUGUACUCGGCAGCUAUCCCCGAGGUUUACUUGCGUGUCAAUCGCUUCGAUGUGCACUGGUCUGAAGGGGACAUCAAGUUUGUGCCUACAAAAAAGCUGCGGAACACCAGCUCCGUCAAACCUCUACUGGCAACGGCCUACCGCAAAUGCCGACAGGCACUGAAGGAAGCACGUUCAGACCAGAGUCCAACAACCAAAUCUAUCAGCUCCCAAUAUGACCAAACUCCCCGUCCCGGUCUUCACCGAGAUAGUUCACCCAUCGGCGGGUCGCAGCAGCUCCAGUCCCAAAUGCCAGCUCUUCAUAACUGGCAUGCUUUGCAGAACACGACCAAUACUGGGAGUCCUUCUUUGAAUGGAUCAACCGACCUUUUGCGUCAUCUGGAAUCAGACCCCAGCAAAUCCUCUCGGAAUACUCCUCAACCACGUAGCCCUGAGCGAACCUCCGCAGCACAAGACUCACAUGAUGCUAACUCUGUGGCGAACAUCUGCUUGAACGGGGAUUCGGGCAUUCAACCCUCCCAGAAUAUUGAACUCAGCGCAUCCCAAAGGCGGCAAAGCCGAACACCUGAGGUCCUACAAUCCCGCGAGGGCUCCAGCAAUCCCGAUCCCCAAGACCUCGCCAAGCAAGUCGAAGAUUCAAUUCGAUCUGAAACCCAGGCAGUUAAUAAUCAAUCUACGCAACCGCAAAACCCUCAGGAUAUACAGACGGAUGAAAACGAGCGUCUAUCAAAGAAACGUCCCCGUGAAAGCACCGAUGAAUCUUUUCCUUCGCCCCAGACAGAUGGUUUGGGAUCGAACGGACCAAAUGGCGCCUCACCUUGCAGGAAGAGGCAGUGUGUUGAAUCGGAGAAAGAUAGCACGACACCUACAACAGAAACCGAGAAUGUCCAAGAAGGGAGAACGUCGGCGCCACCUCAUAAAACUCAGCCUGUUACAAUAACAGAUGAUCUUACUCCCCCCCCGAAACUGUCCUCGAUCAACCCUUGGGAAGGAUUCAUAAGGAUAUCUGACCACGACAUCACAAUUCCCAAGGACCAAGCAGCUUUCUUCGACGAAAACGAAAAACUGUGCUUUAUUCCGCCCAAGACGGGUGAGCCGACGCCCCAAGGACAUGUGCCACCAGCUCUGUUACAAGAGUGGAACGACAUCGCCAGACGAAGGCAUGAGGCAUUGGCACAGAAAGAACGGGAGAAAACUCCUCCAUUGACCACUCAAGAGUCCGCUCUUUCUGGCUCUGAGUCAGAGGCUGAAUCUGACACUAGUGAAGCUUUGUCAUGGCCAGAAAGCCCGCCUCUGUCUCGUCAUAUCAACCUCAUACCGCCAGAAAGCAGCCCUAUUAAGCAACCAAGUCUUUCCAGACGUCCUGCUGUUAGUGGUGAUGAGCAUGAUAGUUGUCUAUCCCAGCCAGCAGGCGACAAUAGCCUGGAUAUGGCGAAUGCUUGUCAAGACGCAUCUCAGCAGGAAUUGACCAAUACUGCAAUGUCCAAUGCACCAGAAGCAUCCACAUACCGGGAUCUAGAAGAGACAACUGCCAAUCCUCAAGAGCCGGAGACUCUGGAGCAAUCGGCUGGGCCGGCACGUUUGAAAUCGCCUGGCGCGUACAUGGAGGACGAAAUCCAGGGCCAGCUGGCGCAUGAAAGUCAAAAGUCGCCCAAAGAGGAAAUCCCGUCACCAGUUCCCGUUCAGACGCCUGAAAAUAGCUCAGAUGACGAAUCUGUUAUGGACACGUCUUUUCCACAAGCCCUUGAUUCAAGCUUGCACACGCAGCCAUUUGACAGCCAGAGGGAGGAGGACCUUCCUAGCUCGGGUCCUUCCCUUUCAGGCGUCACUGCCAGGGAGCACGUUCAGGUUGCACAGACCCCCGCUGCAGAAAACACCCGUUUGUGUCGCGACAAAUUGCAGAUUGAACAUCCGCCUUCUGACUCGCAACAACCAUCCCCCCAAAACAAAACUUCCUCUCAGUCACGAAUCUUCAAUACUUAUCGUUCCCACGGUAGCCAUGGCAUGAGCGACACAUCUUACGAAACAUCAGAUCCGUCCUUGCGACAAUCGGGAGAUGAGCCGCUCCAGGCGGAUGCAAUGGGAACCCAGACUCUGAAAAGCAGCGGAGACUCACUGUCCCAAAAUACUUCUCUUCCUUCGUAUCCAUCGCAGACAGGAGUCGUCCUCGACCCAUCUGAUCCAGCGCAUCGGCAUCAAACCCCAAGACUGGCGGGACCAGAAGUUCAACCUGCGUUGAUUUCAUCCUCAAUUCCUGGUGCAUCACAAACGUCUCGAUUCUCUCAGCAAACGCAACACUCUUUGCUAAUGGUCUCAUCCUUGGACACGCACAUGAUGUCCUCGCAGGUCUCGCCGCUGAAACAAGUCACAUCCAUCGCUCGAGUUCAAGAACAAUCUCCGUCCACCGGUAGUCGCAGCUCAACCCGUGGAAAUGCAGACUUCAGUCGAGUACCGUCUGGUACUCCAAACUUGGGUGUGGUUUCUCGACGUGAAUACUUCGUCAGCAAUCCCAACAGAUAUUUUGAUGAGGCACGGAAUGUUUACGAGAAGUUCCGAGAUGAUUACCCAUGUUAUUCGGGAGACUUCACUCAUUUUUCAGACUUAUGCGCGAAGCUGCAAGCCUUUCGAAGCAACGGUCUUCACCUGCAACGGUCGUAUCUCUGGGACGACUUUAUCAUUGGGCAUCUCGAGGCCUACCCGCACUACAUCGAGGAGUGCUUGUCCCAGGGCUCAACAAUAUUCACUUACGAAGAUUUUUUCAAAGAUCGUUUCUCUACGCCUCGAUACAAGAAACGGAGCUUACAACCCCGUGGCAUUGAAGUAUGUGCCGCACAAUCCGGCAGCAUCACCGAAGCCGCCGACAACCUGACCCAAACAGAGCCAGCGCGUCAAAGUGAAGCCAUAGCGACCUCCUUUACCGGCAGUCUCGUGAACAAACUCUUAAAUUUCCAUGCCCAUUCCCCAUUCGAGGUUGCUCUUGACAAUGACCUGCCGGAUAAUGCCUUUUCAGCCGCUUUUCCUGCCGCGCGUUCAUCUCGUACCUCGUCCAUUAAAAGUUCCUCAAGUUCGGUCAUCAUCAAACAAGAGGGCUCCUCAUCCAGUGAUGACGACCAAAGCCGGAUGACAUCAUCACCUUGCUUCCUGGAUUAUGAAGACAUAAAGCCAGAUCCUGAUCCUGCCUUUCUUGACGAGUUCCUUCAAAGCAACGCUCGUGACGGGGCUGGUCUGGGUGGUGAUCUCCUUGUUGACCAGGGUGUCGACGUGCCCGAAGUCGAGCAACCUGAUAAUGACAAUGAUGUCGACAUGCGCGCUGCAGAAAACACCGAAUUUGCCGCCGAUGCUGAAGAAGAAGAUUAUGAUGACGAUGAUCAACGCCACGAAACAGCCAGCAUCGAACUCGGUGAUGACACCGAUCUUACCGUGCACCUCUCGCGCGCCGAGUCCAGGCUCCUCUACGAUACGGAGGUAGCCGAUGCCGACGAAGAAGACGAAGGCGAGGACAGCGAGCCUGAGAAUUGGUUUCAUUCUCUGCGGCACUUACGGUCCCCCGGACCCAGGUGGUCUGACGAUCCAUUUACACCGUUCAAAGUGUGGGCUCGAGCCGAUCAAAAUGUACUCGUUGAACGACGCCGUCGCGGCGGUGCGAAGAUUCUUGUUGAUGGGAGUGGGGUCAUUCAGCGACCUACUUUAUCGUUGAAUCGUUGA